GCAUGUCUGUACCUCCAGCCCCAUUCACUGCUCCACUGACAAAUUAGAAAGUGUCAGCCACAGACAUCAGAGUCUGUUUGGAUCCUGCAUGCUGCCUGAGAGUCACUGGAGAUCCCGAAGCUGCCAGAAUCAAGAUGAGGCUGCUGCCACUCGUAGUUACUGUUGUGUUAACGGUGGCACUGGCUUACUACAUCUACAUCCCGCUGCCUGAUGGCAUCCAGGAGCCGUGGAAGUUGAUGUUUCUGGAUGCUGCGUUCAGAGCAACCAUGCACCUGGCCUCUUUGAAGCACUGGCUGGGCAUUGACCACUACGUCACGUCCAUCAGGGGCUCCACGGCGGCGUUCGAGGGCACGAUGAAGGGGCUCAUGAGCUCUGAGUCCAGCGGCGCGGUCAUCCCGGGGGUGAAAGUCAGCGAUAUCGAUUUCGCUGGCAUCCCAGUGCGAGUUUACGAGCCGCCGGCCGGAGGGGAGGGUCAUCUGAGGAGAGGGCUGAUGUUCUUCCACGGAGGCGGCUGGGCCCUCGGCAGCGGCAAGAAAGGAUCAUAUGAUGAAACCAACCGCAUGGUUUCCGAUGAGCUGAACACCGUCGUGGUCUCUGUUGAGUAUCGCCUGUAUCCAGAGGUGCACUUUCCAGUGCCGUAUUUAGACUGCCUCGCUGCUGCCAAACACUUCUUGUCUCCAGAGGUUCUUGCCAAGUAUGCGAUCGACCCUGAACGUGUGGCGGUGUCAGGAGACAGUGCUGGAGGGAACCUGGCUGCUGCAGUCGCUCAGGAGAUUUCCAUAGAUGACAGUGCGAGUGUGAAAUUCAGCGUCCAGGUUCUGAUCUACCCAGUGCUCCAGGCUCUGGAUUUCAACACUCCAUCCUACAUAGAAAACCAACAUAUACCAAUCCUCCACCGGCCCAUAAUGGUGCAGUUCUGGCUGCAGUACCUCGGCGCUGACCUCUCGCUGCAGCCCCAAAUGCUAGUGAACAACCACAGCGCCUCACAGCACUCAACUAUCACCCCAGAGCUGAGGUCACGACUAGACUGGACCACCCUGCUUUCUCAGAAAUACAAGAAGAACCACAAGCCUCUCGUUGUGGAAAAAGGAUCACACGAGCUUCUGAAGGAGAUACCGGGGCUGCUGGAUGUGCGGUCAUCGCCGCUGCUGGCCGGACCCGAAGUGUUGGCUAAAUGCCCUCGUGCAUACGUGGUCACGUGUGAGUAUGACGUGUUGAGGGAUGAAGGGCUGAUGUACGUUCGGCGCUUACAGGACGCGGGAGUCACAGUUACCAACGACCACUACGAGGACGGCUUCCACGGAUGUUUCAGUUUUACCAUGUGGCCGAUGGAAUUCGAUGUAGGAAAGAGGAUGCUCAGGGGUUACAUCAACUGGCUGCAGAACAAUUUGUAAGAGUGUGUGUGUGUUUGUGCACGUGAGUAAUGCGUGCAUGCAUAUGUGUGCGUGUGUUUCACUUAUACAAAUGCACUAGCCCUCGCUUUGUGACUCGCUAAAGGGCUUGUAAAUGUACUCUUUGUUCAAAAAAUGUAACAGCUCAGGGCCUUCAUGUACCCGCAUGUACUGUAUACACUCAGUACAUGUGAACUUUUUUCUGAUAUUUAAAAGCAGCCUGCUGGCAACAACAACAUAGCUAACACUGUGACCAACGAAUAAAAAUAAACGCAUAAAAGUACUUUUACAGCCACAAGCUUUUCCACUAAUGGGUUAAUUAAUCAGCUGCUUCCACUGGGAAGCACCACAUUAAUACACUCAUUCAUAUCCAGAACACAACCACAUGAGCAAAUAAUGUCCCAAGAGCUGAAAUUGAUUUUAAACUUUGCUUUUAGAAUAAAAGCAUUAACAGGUCAGAGCCGCCAGACAGACAUCUGUGAUCACGGUGGUCUGAGCUGUUUAUAGCACUUUUGUUUUUUUUUUUAAAGACACUCGUUAUGUAACACCAGCAUGUUAAAUGUUGUCUGAACACUUUACAAAUUAAGAUAUUAUCAGUGUUAAAAUAUUUAAAAUGGAGUGCAAUCCGGGCCAUUUUCAGUUUCAACAGUGUUCAGUAUUUUUGCAUUUGUGUGUCAGAAUGAAAAAGACUUCAAGCAAACUUUUGGCAAAUCUUACUAUCUAGCGCCAUCAUCAUAAAUGUGUACAGUAGUUUGGUUUAUGUUUAUACACCUGCAAUAUAAUAUAAUAAUUAAUAAUAUAAUAUAAUUCCCAUCUGCCUCAGCUGUACUUUGUGCUGAAUGUCAUGUGUUAGCAUGCUAAACUGAAGCCUGAGUGUGGUUCUGUUAGCAUCAGCAUGGUGGUAACUCAUUAGUGAGCAUGCUGGCAUUAGAAUUUAGCUCAAAGCACAGCUGUAUCUGUAUCAUGCAUCACAAGAAGGCGAUGCCUUUCCUGCUUCCUCUUGACAAUCACCAACAAAAUUCUCCUUCCAGUUCCAUUCCAAUUAGCUUUCCUGCUGCAUUUGCCCUCAGCUCUCUACUGAAUUGAAUGUUUUUUUGUUUUGUUUUUUUAUAUGGAUGCCUGAACAUUGUCAGUAGUUGUUCCAAAAAGCCACUAUCUGCUGUGCUGGAUCAGCACUGACUGCUGAGUCACUCCUACAAUGUCUUAAAAGUAGCAUCAUGGACAUCUUCUAACAUGUGUGUACAUGAAUCAAGGGCUUCCAAUGAUGUUGUUUUACUUCCAAAUUUAAUUGUUACAUCUUUUCAUGUUGGUCACAAAUGUCCUCAGUGUCUCCGUUCUGCCCACGGUUGGGAUUUAUGAGGGAACUGAUGAAGGGGGUCAAUAAAGAAACAACUCAUGAAGAACA